CCCGGAAGUCAACUAAAGCCACCACUCGGGUGCGUAGCGUAGUUGUCUUCACUUUCGUUCCGUUCCGUUCAAUAUUAGCGCCAUAUCUGACGCUGGGUGCGGGCGAAUCUGCGCCCCGCCAAAGCAGGAUCCACAAGCCGGCACACUGUCUUUCGCAAGUUUCAAGAGUAGCUUUACCAGCAAUGUUAAUUUCCUGAAGCGCCGUGAUUUCAUUGGCAGAUUCAGCUCGGGAGACCUGUCUUCCGAGUGCGAGGAUGUCGAUCCGAAAGACCUGCCACCCGCAGCUCGCCCACAGCCCCCGCUUCAGCAGCAACCGAUGCCCGGCGGUCCGCCAAACAUUCCGCCACCGCCGGCCCCCGGUACGGCCGGUUCCGUGUCGCCGGGUGGCCCCGUACCACCCGGUUCCGCACCACCCACCGGUGGUCCGGAGCUGUCGUUAAGCUUUGGCAAGGGUCCGGCCCAGCGCGGCACUAGCGCACCCUCGAGCCCGGCCAAAUCGCGCGAAAGUUUGUUGCAGCGCGUACAAAGCUUAACCGGUGCGGCCCGUGAUCAAGGCGCCUCCAUUAUAGGAGCGGCCGUCUCGACUGCGAGCCGUGUUCAGCCGUUCAAUCGGGACAAGUGCUUCACGCUGCUCGUGGUGGACGAUCAGAACACGGACUGGUCGAAGUAUUUCCGUGGGAAGCGUCUGCACAGUGACUACGACAUUCGGGUGGAGCAGGCCGAGUUCCGCGAGAUUAUGCUGACGGCCAGUGCAGACUCCGGGCCGAUGGUUGGCUGUAAUCGGGGCGGAUCGAAGCAGGCGAAACCGUUCCGUCCGGACUUUAUUUUGGUGCGUCAGCCGCCGCGUGACGGGUCGAAGGAUUACCGGUCGACACUGCUCGGGUUGAAGUAUGGUGGGGUGCCGAGCAUCAACUCGCUUCACUCGCUGUACCAGUUCCAGGACAAACCGUGGGUAUUCGCUCAUCUGCUGCAGCUGCAGCGCCGUCUCGGUCGCGAUGCGUUCCCACUGGUCGAGCAGACGUUCUUCCCGAACCCGAAAGACAUGUUCACCUGGACACGGUUCCCAUGCGUGCUGAAGGCUGGCCACUGUCACGGUGGCAAAGCUACCGCCAAGCUCGACAACCCCGGAGCGCUCCAAGACGCGGCGGGCCUUCUGUGCGGUACCGGCCUGUCCGACAACGGCUCCUACUGUAGCCUCGAGCCGUACAUCGACGCCAAGUUUGACGUUCACAUCCAGAAGAUCGGUAGCACCUACAAGGCGUUCAUGAGAAAAUCCAUUUCCGGCAACUGGAAGACGAACCAGGGCUCGGCCAUGCUCGAGCAGAUCCCGAUGACGGAGAAGUACAAAACCUGGGUCGAUGAGGUGUCCGAGCUGUUCGGUGGUAUGGAGGUGUGCGGUGUGGCGGUGAUCGUCUCCAAGGAGGGCAAAGAGUUUAUCAUCAGCGCCGCCGACUCGACGUUCCCUCUGAUGGGCGACAGCCAGGAAGAAGAUCGCCGCCAGAUUGCGGAUCUCGUCGUCGGGCGCAUGCAGAAUGUUUGCCGACCGUCCAUGAUGACGAAGGCCGUUUCGCGCAGCUCGAUCUCGUCGCGAGGCACUAGCCCAACGGAAGAUGCACCGCCGGUUCCGAUCGGUACACGCCCGGUACCGGUUGGUGGUGGUCCACCGCCGAUUCCGGAGCGCACCACACCAGGGGUAGGUUCGAUCGGGCGUCACGGUAGCUUUAGCAGCCAGUCUGGUGAGCCACCGGAGCAACCGUCCGAAAGGGCACCCACUCUGAACUCUGUUGGACGACGUGAUUCGCAAGCAUCGCAAUCGAGCAGUGUGUCCGGCAUAUCGUCGGCUUCGGCCGCCCGAUCGGGUGCCGGUAAAGCUCCACCGGCCAACGCAACCGGCGGCCCAUCGGUGGUCGAGGACGCGGAGGAUACGAUGAAAAAUCUCCGCAAAACUUUCGCCGGCAUCUUCGGUGACAUGUAGGAUUUGGCUAAGAAGAAGAAACAGACCCGCGGAGGAAAUGACAUCAGCAGCACUGCCGGCAGCGCCACCGGUAGCAUUUUGAGUACACGCGAAAGCUCCAUCGACAGCGUGAUCGUGCGGCCGACCGAACCGACCGAGAC